ACUUCUAUUUGAGUAUGAUUUCUUAAAUCAAUGGUUUAUCGCUCAGUAGCGUGCUGCAGAAAUAAAAACAAAAAAAACGUCCAACUUUAAUAUUAUAUGUGACUAUAUAGCAUGAAAGUAUACAUUGAACAGAUAAUAUUAAAAUACUGGCCAUAUUUCCGAUCAUAUCUUCAAUCUACAUGAAAUUUAAUGUCUAAUAAAAGCUGCGUUUAAAAAUUAAAAUGAAGUUAUAAUAUUUUUCAUGAAAUAUGAUAGCUACUAGUUUUAUUGCUUUGUUUAUGGGUUUUUGGGCAAUUUUGUAUUUAAGUGAUGUAUAUUUGAAGACAAGUUUAUCUUCACAAGGCAAAUACUUAGACUUUAUUCACAAAACUGGAUUGUCUAUUUAUGUUUGUCAAAUAAGAUGGUACAGCACAUGCCUAAACAGGCAAUUUCUCAGGUUUGGUCAAUGGAGAAAGAACUUCCUUAAAGUCUGGUUUACAAUUGGUGUUGUCAUUUCGCUUUUUUUUACCUUUAUUUCGAUUACAUUACUUACAUUAAUGAUUGUUAAUACACUGAGAAAGCGUCCAGUUGAGCAGCAAGUUCUAACUCCUGUGAUGCCCGGUGUUAAUAUUCCAACUAACCAAAUUGGAUAUUACCUAUUAACUUUGCUAGUUUGUGGAGUUUUGCACGAAUUUGGCCACGCAAUAGCAGCGGUUCGUGAGCAGGUCAAAAUACAUGGAUUUGGUCUAUUUAUUUUGGCCGUAUACCCCGGAGCGUUUGUUGACUUAUCAACAGAGCAUUUAACCAAUUUGUCUCCGCUGAAGCAGCUCCGAAUUUAUUGUGCUGGAGUUUGGCACAAUAUUGUACUUGUUAUAUUGGCCCUGGUUUUUCGAUUAAUUUUGCCCUAUAUCUUAUCAGUCUUCUAUUCAACGAAUGCCAGUGUUGUUGUAACUAGUAUCGUCCUCGGUUCGGCUGUUUCUGGACCCCGCGGUCUUUUGGUAGGAGAUCAAAUAACUAGUUUGAACAACUGCAGAGUUCGUAAUAUUGCUCAAUGGACAAUGUGUAUAGAGAAAACAUUGUCCGAAAAGUCUACUGGCUACUGUGUUCCUGCUGAGUUUAUAAAACAAUACGAUAUAUCUCAGCCGAAUAUUCUUAAAACAAUGCAUGGAAAUGUCGAAUGCUGUUCGAACUCCAGUUCAACACAUUUAUGCUUUUCCUAUUUUACCAAAACUACAAAAGUAAAACCAAAUUAUGCUUGUUUACCCGCCAGAAGCACUUCCGAUCGGCAGACAUGCAAACUCCAGUCAGACUGUUAUAAACCAAAUUCACCAAAUUUCUGUACUACACCGUCAUUAGACAAUUCAACGAGAUUAAUACGUAUUGUUCAUACGAGAAGAGCACCCCUCCUGUUCCUGGGACAUCCUCUAGAUUUACAUUAUUCACUGACUUUAAGCGAUUAUACUCCUCGUUCGAGCUUUGUGCCUGUGCAUGCUCCUUACGUUUUAGAAACGAUUGCUAAUUACGUAAUCAGCUUAAGUGGAGCAUUGGCUUUGCUCAAUGUUGUGCCUUGUUACGCUUUAGAUGGACAGUAUAUCUUAAUGGCUAUCUUAGAGCUUGUGCUUAGUCCAUUCCUCGAAAAAAGCAGCAGAUUGGCAAUUUUUACCGUAAUAUUACUUUUUGGCACUCUAUUAGUAGCAACCAAUGUUGUUAUUGCUCUAUGGGUGCUAUUCCAUUGAGCUAUUAAUAAAUAAGUUCAGGGUAAUAAAAAAGUCUACACUCUUUACAAAAUAUUUUUAGUUAUAGGGAAAACAUAAAGUUAAUAAAAAAUGACAAAAACACAUACAAUUUAUCACAAACUAUUUCAACCUUUUGUGGAUUAGAUGAAGUUUCCAAAUUAAAAGAGGGGGAGUGAGAGGGAAGGGGGAAGGGAGAACGAAAGAGUAAGAAUGAAAGCAGAUUACCAAUAAGAAAAAGAUGAAAAGCUUUUCUUUUUCAAAGGAAGAAUACCGUCGUCGGCUUUUUUGAAAGGUAAAAGAGGUACGAAAUUGUGAUUUUAUCUUUAUUACGUUGUAUUGUUAUAGCUAUUUUAUCGAUUUUGGGUAUUUUUUCUAUUAAACCUUGAACAUUUCUAUUCAUAUAAAAUAAUACAAUUAUAUUUUUGUUUCUUUUUUGUUAUAUAUUAUAUUAUUAACACUAAAUUGGUUUAUCUAUUAAGAAAUAUAUAAAAUCUUGACUUGAUUAAAACAUUCCAUACUUUAAAGGAUGGAUAAAAUCAUUAGACGUUCCUCCGAGUAUUCAGUUUCUGUCUCAUUAUCUCUAAGAAUUUAGUAACACCCGAAACGACCGUAAAUGGAACGUUCUUGAAAGAAACGAAUAUAAUUUACUUGUAUACAUACAUACGGAAAAUGUCUAAGUAGAGGAGAUAGAUCAGCUGGAAAACUCGCUUUGUUUUGAUUAUUGAAGUGUUUUCUUGUUAAGCUAAAUUGAUGUAUCUAUUAUAGGAAAUUUUUAUGGCAUAUGCCUAGGUAAAUCUAGUAGUUUGUGCUUUGAAGAAGUCAACGUCACACAGGUCAAUGAAGAGAACGUGCUCUGUUUCUAUAAUCUUAUAAGGGAUGUUCUGACAUAUAUUUAAUAGUAAUAAAAAAAGCGUUUUCAUCACAGUGUUUCUUUUUGGAUUCACACGCAGCAACUGACCGAUGAAUGAACUCUUAAUAAGAGUUUUUAGAAAGGAAAGAAGCUAUACUGCGCACGAAAUUUCCCUCGUGUACAGAUACGACUCUGACAGCACUCCCACCCAUUUUAGUCUGCUCUAAUCGGAUCAAUUUCUCCUGAGUCGUCAAUUCGGCUUCAAUGUCAUCCAACAGUCUAAAAAAAUUGUCUGAUAGAGCAUCGACUAUUAUUGAAGCACCUUUUUAGAUUUGUAAUCGAGGCUCUCUAAAGAAUAGUCCAGUUCUAUCCACUUGUAGCAAAUAUAUUGAGAAAAAAGCUCUCUUAGUCUAACUAAACGAACUUUGGUCUCUCUCCACGUGACUAACUCUACUAAAAGUAUUACACACAUAGAGUCUCCAAUAAUUGCGAAUAAGUGAUACAAACGGUCACGUUCAGUUUAAUUAGACUAUCGUGCACCUUCCGGUGUUUAAUAACCUCAAUACUUCCUUCACUAUCGUCUUUAAAUAGCUUCCAACAAACUGGCCAAGAUUUCCUCUCACCUUUACCUACUUUUAACACCCCAUUAACAAGAUUCUUAAAUGGAUAAAGCAAAGAAUAGCUAAAACUCGUCACAUGAUAUUUGCACCAAUAAAGUUGGAAAUGAACCAACGAUCGUAAAACUAAGAGUUAGACAUUUCAAUCUUGUAAACACAGGCAAAAACUAGCAAAAAAUCACGCUAUUUCUUUUACUAAUAUUACGUAAUCAGAAUAGGCUUACUUACCGUCUAUAAAUAUUUACAAAUGGUAUAAAUGUAAUUAUUUUCCGUUUUUAUCCAUGUUUAUUAAAGUUGUGUCUAUGUAAUUUAGAUUCUUUAUAUACAGUCUUGAUAAAGAGAAAAAAAAUAUU